AUGCCUCUCGUUCGCCGCUACCAAACGGGUUCCCAUUUCGCGGAGAUGUUGUCCACCGCACCAUCUAACAGGACGGACAGGCGCUGGAGGAAUGUUGACUGGUCAUCUGCCGCACAAGGCACGAUCUCAGGCGAAGUAUUCGCUUGGAUCGACGCGAUUCACUCGUUCGUCAACGACCUCAAAUUCGCCCUCCAACGCGCGCGCGCUAUACCGAAUUACACACAAAAGCGCACAUUCGCCUACCUGGCACCACUCUACGUCUACGUCAUACUCUUCGGUGCCGCAGUGGUCGCUCUCCACCCGAGGUCGUACAUUCAUCGAGUGCUCACGUCGCCCUAUGAACACGCCUCCGAAGCUAGGCAAUAUCUGGUCGGACUCGUCCUGUCGUUAGUUGUGGGACUACUCAUCCUCCGCCUCGUGAUCUGGUUCGCUGCGGAGCUGGUCGAUGUCAUCCUGGAGAAUGAAGACCAGCCCGUCCGCAUCAGCAGUAUCGAUACAGAUGAACGUGACGAGUUGAGGAAUGACUCUGCCAGGAACCUAUGGCUGGGCGGCAUACUCGAUUAG